CAGUAGCCGGUAGAGGCGCGCCUGCAAUGUUGCGCAAAUUCCUCUUGACAGCAGUCGUAUCGUAUUUCGGACUCUAGGCCUUCUCUACGUUCCAAUGGAGAAAGCCGCUGGUUCUCCGUUUACACGUGGCGGAGCAGAGGUUGAGCCCAGAAGAAGGACGGGCCAUCUUCGUCGGUCCUGUGAGACAUGUCGGAGGUCAAAGGUCCGGUGCAUUCCCAAAGCAGAUAGCAGCAAUGCAUUUCCACUAUGCGAAAGAUGUAGUGUCAAUGGGACGGCUUGCAUCUUCGAGCGCGCCAUUGCUCGACCUCGACAAACCAAAUCGAUGCCGAAAUCGAAGAGGAAAGUUGUUGAGGAGAAGAUCGACGGACUAGUUACGCUCAUAUCGUCGAUAUCUGCAAAGUCUACCGCGAGGGAAGUUCAGUCUCCAACCAAUGUAGAUUCAACAACAUCUCUAGGGGCAAAUAGCUCACCAGAAUGUACAACAUUAUCCCCAACUGCUCGCCAGGAUGUGGUUGCAAAGGGAUUUCUCACCACGGAUGAAGCAAAGCAGCUUCUAGCCGAUUUCGCUGCUGCUUCUGAAGAAUUCUCGCCUGUACUGCUUCCACCUGAAACUAGCUUGGAUUACCUACGGUUGGAGAGACCUUGCCUUCUCCUUGCAAUUCUCGCCGCUUGCGCUCGAGAUCAUCUUCAAGUUAGACUGGAGGUAGAAUUCCGAAAGAUGCUGGCCGACAGAGUGAUUGUGAAUGCCGAGAAGAAUCUAGACUUGUUACAAGGGCUAUUAGUAUAUCUUACUUGGAAUCAUCUCUACUUCAAUCCUGCUAAGGAACAGAUUUACCAGUUAUCUCAAAUGGCGACUACAAUGGCAGCCGAGCUCAAACUUCCGCCCGAUGACUCAAUUAAAGACACCUUAAUUCAGCAGCGCGGAACUUUUGACAAAAAUGGGCAAUACUACUUUAUCAUCGAGAAGAUGAGAACAUUUGUGGCUUGCUACUACGUUGACUCCUGUAUCUCUUUGGCAAUGAGGAAACCAACCCACUUUAAAUAUUGCAGAACUGUCGCCGAUUGUUGUAUCUUGCUGCCCUAUGUCUCACUCACAGCAUCCGAUGAAAUUUUAUCUUGCUUUGUGCAAUUGCAAGGACUGGCUGAGGAAAUCGAUCAGCUGUUUCAGUAUAACAAUAUCCGGUGGUUGGAGGUUGUGGAUCAUAUGCAGAUACAAGUAAUGAUGAACAAAUUCAAGGAAAAGCUGGAUGAACUAGUCAAGAGCUUUCCGCCUGAGGCAAAAGCAAACAGCUUAAUUCAAAGGAAAUGCCUUUAUAUCCAGAUAUACAUACAAGAAGUUGGCCUUCAUUCCCCGCCACAUCAUGAGGUCAAUCUUGACUUCAGUACAAUGUGUUGCAACUGGUGCUCAUCAUUGCCACGACUUAAUAUCGCCAUCUCGUGCAUUCGAGCGGCGCAGACUUAUAUCAACGAGUAUGUCUUCUUAUCUCCGCAAAGUCUUCGAACUACUGUUCUGUUUCAAGAGUCGGAACUUCUAUAUGCCAUUCUUGUGCUCGCUGCAGCUACACUUGGGGGCGUGACUGUGAGCGAGCCUGGCCAAUUACGUGAACUCGCAGACAUUUCGACAUAUCUUAUCGCUCUCCGCGAUAAAAUGUUGACGAUGGGAACAAUGUCAGAUCAUGGGCAAGAUAGACGCGACUACUUCUGGAAAAUGACGCAAUUUUUCAAGCAUUGCUUGAACUGGAAAUCUCAAGAAUCUGGCAAUCAGGAUCCCUGUCUAAGCACCUGUUCCUCCAGUAGCGACGACAGCAUGUCGUUUUUGAGAAUCUUGGAGAAUAUACCCACAGAGGAAGUGAUCCAGAAAGACACUAUGUUUAAUCUAUUGGAUAUGAGCUGGAUAAUGAUCGCCUCUGAGUUUUAAUAUUGUUUUCUUAAUUUAGACUUGGCAAUUCAGAGCAAUCUGAAUGUGAUAUCAGCCUUGGUAAAUGAGAACUGGAAAGGAAUAUGAUCUUUUGUACGUUUAAGUCUAUUUGGAAUCUUGUUUAGUAGUGCUCAUUUAGAUUACCCCACCCACAGUAAACUGUG